AUGCGGCCGCCAUCUCGGACCACGUCGUCCACUCGUCAGGCGUCGUCCACACGCCAGCCGCCGUCAACGCGCCAGCCAUCUUCUGCCAGACCAGGACGCCAACCAUCCACAUCACGACCCGGCUCCCCAGACUCGGUGCUGUCGGCCGGCGGCAAGCGCAAGGACCGAGACUUUGAGACCGACGAGGGAGAGGCUACCAACAUCAACGUCGUGGUGCGGUGUCGCGGGCGCAACCAGCGCGAGGUGCGCGAGAACAGCGCCGUGGUGGUACGCACCGAGGGCGUCAAGGGUAAGCUGGUGGGGCUGGCCAUGGGCCCGGCGGCGCUGAGCGACAAGACGUACAACUUCGACCGCGUCUUCUCGCCGGCGGCGGACCAGAGCAUGAUCUUUGACGACGUGGUCAAGCCGAUCCUCGACGAGAUGCUCGAGGGCUACAACUGCACCAUCUUCGCGUACGGGCAGACGGGCACGGGCAAGACGUACACCAUGUCGGGCGACAUGAGCGACACGAUGGGCAUGCUGGGCGAGGAGGCGGGCAUCAUCCCGCGCGUGCUCGACUCGCUGUUCAACCGGCUCGAGAUGGACGACCGCGAGAACUGCGUGCGCUGCUCCUUCAUCGAGCUGUACAACGAGGAGCUGCGCGACCUGCUGUCGGCCGAGGACAACGCCAAGCUCAAGAUCUACGACGACAACUCGCGGAAGGGCCACCAGACCACCGUCGUGCAGGGCAUGGAGGAGCGCCACAUCACGAGCGCCACCGACGGCCUGCGCUGGCUGCAGGAGGGCAGCGUGCGCCGCCAGGUGGCUGCCACCAAGUGCAAUGACCUGAGCAGUCGCAGCCACACCGUCUUCACCAUCACGGUUCACGUCAAGCGCGAGACGGAUAAGGGCGAGGACUACCUGAUGGCCGGCAAGCUCAACCUGGUCGACCUGGCGGGCAGCGAGAACAUCCAGCGGUCGGGCGCCGAGAACAAGCGCGCUGCCGAGGCCGGGCUCAUCAACAAGUCGCUGCUCACGUUAGGCCGGGUCAUCAACGCGCUGGUCGACCGCAGCGCGCACAUCCCGUACCGCGAGUCCAAGCUCACGCGGCUGCUGCAGGACUCGCUCGGCGGGCGCACCAAGACGUGCAUCAUCGCGACCGUGUCGCCGGCCAAGAGCAAUCUCGAGGAGACCAUCUCGACGCUCGACUACGCCUUCCGGGCCAAGAACAUCCGCAACAAGCCGCAGCUCAACGCGCUGCUGAACAAGAAGACGCUGCUGCGCGAGUUCACGGCCGAGAUUGAGCGGCUCAAGGGCGAGCUGAUCGCCACGCGCCAGCGCAACGGCGUGUACCUGUCCAACGAGGCGUACGAGGACCUGUCGGUGCAGAACGAGUCGCGCCGCAUCCUGACCGAGGAGCAGGGCGCCAAGAUCGAGACGCUCGAGAGCAAUCUGCGCAACAAGGUGCACGAGUUCUUCACGCUGACCUCGAGCUUCGUCGGGCUCAAGAAGGAGCACGACGCCACGCGCGCGCUGCUCGACGAGACGGCCGAGGUGCUCGACCAGACGGAGCUGGUGCUGGCGGCCACGCGCAAGGCGCUGGCCGAGGAGGCGCACCUGCGCCGCGCCCACCAGGCCACCGAGGAGCGCCUGGCGGCCGUCGGCAGCACACUCCUGUCGACGCUGCAGCGCACCGUCGGCGACGUCGGUGGGCUGCACGCCAAGAACAAGCGCAAGUCGGACCUACAGCACCUCAACCGCAGCACGUGGGCCAUGUCGCAGGCGCAGGUCACGGGGGUGACGGAGCUGGUCGAGGGCCGCAUCGACGACCUGCGGCGUGGCCAGGAGCGCCACAUCGCGGCCGUCACAGAACGCGUCGGGGCGUUUGUGCGCGACGAGCUCGGCCGCCUGUCGUCGACGCAGGCCGGCCUCGACGCGCACGUCGGCCGCCUCGCCGACGCGCAGGCGCAGCUGCUGGCGCAGCGCCGCCGCUCCAAGGACGACAUGGACGGCGUGCUCGGCGAGAUCAAGGUGGUUCGCGACGCGGUGCAGCAGCGCGUGGGCGGCAGCCUGCAGGCCAUCUCGGGCGCGGCCGAGCGCAUCGCCGGCGGCGUGCUCAGCGAGCUGGCGGCGUUCCACGGCCAGCUGCACGCCUCGUACAGCGCCGUCGGCAAGGACUUCAAGGCCGUGUUUGACGACUUGCUGCAGCGCUUGGCCGACCAGCGCGCCGAGUCGGCGCGCCUGCGCCUGCAGCUCGAAGGCGCCGGCCGUGGCGUGGUGCAGGCCAGCGCGGCCGCCGCCAAGCGCAUCGGCGACGCCGUGGACGAGGAGCGGCGCCAGGCGGCCGCCGAGCGCCAGCAGCUGCUCGCGCAGAUCACGGCGCUGGUAAACUCGCAGGCCGAGCUGCACGAGGAGCGCCUCACGGCCAAGACGGCGCAGGUCAGCCAAGCCGUGGCCGAGUCGGGCGGCGCCUUCGAGGGCAGCCUGGCGCAGUACUCGGCGGACAUGGACGCGUGGGGGGAGCGCGACGCCCGGCUGGUGGACGAGGUAGCACAGUCGCGCGACGCCAUCAAGAACAGGCUCAAGGACGACUGGACGGCGGCCAACCAGCACAGCACGGCGAUCCAGACAACGACACAGUCGGUGCACGCCGAGACGGUGCGCGUGGUGGACGCGCAGAUACGCGACCUCGGGGUGCAGAUGCGCGACCUGGACGACUUUGUGGCACGGGCGCGGCAGCACAACGCGGCGCACCACAAGCAGCACGCAGAGGCGGUGCACGCGCUGUCAACAACCAUCGAGGGCGCCAUGGACGACGUGGCGGGGCGGUUCCGCGACGGGGCCGGGCGCGCGCAGGCGCUCGGCGACGACGUGGUGGCCGAGGCGGACGAGCUGCGCAAGUUCCUGGGCCCGGCCCUCGACACGGCCGUGUGCCUGCCGCUGGCCAGCCUGCGCGAGGACAUGCAGACGACGGGGCUGCGCGAGUACGAGCCGACGGGCGACACGCCGCAGAAGACGCAGUACCGCUACCCGACGGAGCUGCCGCACACGGCGCCGCACGACGCGCUGCUAGCCGAGCUGCGCGACAACCUGGUCUCUGCCGACGCGGACGCGGCGGUAGAUUCGCCGCCGGCGCGCGCGUUUCCUGCUACCGUCACGCCGACCAUCUUCAGCGAUACGCAGCUCUCGCCGGCGGACCCGUCCGCAAACUCGCCGCAGCCGCUGCCCAAGCGGCGGCACACGACGCAGCAGCAGCAGCAGCAGCAGCACCGUGACAUGGCCGCCAAGAACACGGCCCUCUCUAUGAGCCUGCGCGAGGUCAACCUCAACGUGACGGGCGCGGCGGCAGCAGUGGCGUCGACAUCAGCAUCGUUGGCAUCGACAGCCUUUGACCACGCGUCGCUCGGCGUCGCGACGCUGCCCGCCGCCGCCGCCGCCGACAGCACGCUGCCGCUACUGAAGCGCAGCACGAGGAGCCGGCCGACGCGCCUGGCGCGCAAGGUGGUGGCGUCGGUGGCCGAGGGCGUCGAGAACAUGCCGCCGGUCGACAUGUUGGGCGGUGGCCGCAGGAAGAGCCCGCGGCUGCAGCAGUAG